ACCAGAAGGGGAUUCCCUUAUGACGUCAAUAAUUAUUAAAAACCAAUUUAAAUGGCGCGAAAUAGAGUCAAGUCAAGACUAGACAGGUUGCAAAUGAUGACCUCAUGAAAUAUCAACUGAUGGUCUUGGCAAGCAGGUCUGGUAGUGUUACCACAUGUACUGGAAACAUUUCAGCGAUUACUCCCUCAUCUCCACAGCAAGACAUGGAUCCUGCAGUUGUGGGUAGUAUUGGUAAUGUCAAAGCAACUAAAGGUACGCCGAGGCCAAUCACACAGCAAAUUAGCACAAAAGAAGGAUCAAAUAAAGGCAGUAACCUGUUGCAUAUUCCUACAUCAGGUGAGAGUAGUUCAUUGUCCAGUAACUCAAGUAAUUCAAGCGUCUUACAUGGCAGACAGUCACGGUCAUUUGUUGCCAAUACAUCUGAUGAAACCAUGUCUGACAACGUGAUCCAACCAUCACCAAGAGCCUAUAAUGUGGAUGUUGUUGUCAUACCACCUUCACAAGAAGAGGAGGAGGAACCAACUACUGAACAACAUCCAGUCUGUACACCAUCUGAGACGAUAGCAAAUCUUCAUCUUUCUGGACAAAUAACCUCAUCCAAUGUAGCAACGUCUCCACCUCACGAUUAUCAACCUAAAGCAAUUAUUAUCAGCUCCCCGUCACAGACAAUUGACAGCUAUGCUGAGCAACCUAUGGACAUAUGCAAUAACAAUGCCAUGUUAGAGACUGAACCAUAUUUUUCAAAAGAAGACAAUGAUGCUUUCGAGAUACCUAAAUGGCAGCAGGAUUUAAAUAAAGAGCAGUUACUUGAAGAAGCUGCUGCUCAGAGUGAGACGUCAGAAAAAUGUUCACCAUCACAAUCAGCAGAGGUUGAGGUUGAAAGACCAACUAGUCAUUCUGUUCAGUUUCAGGCAUGGCAGACUUCACCAGGAUCUAGUAUUCUAGAGGGUACAAGGAGCCGUAGCACAUCAGCUGGCAAGUCUGUUACCCCCGCUCCCGGAAUUCAAAUGAGUAAAGAGAAACUGAGACAUAAGGAAAUAUCAAGUCUACCAACAUCAUCUGCAAGUCGUGGGAAUCCUGCUAAAACAAGGUGUGCCAGUGCCCCGCCAAAGAAAAUCAUCCCUACCAGGUUGAAAGGUCACCUGGAUGAACCUGCUGACACCCAGUAUUUACUUGCGGAGAUUAAAGACAAUGCACCAAAACAAACCACAGACGAUGAGAUCAUCAAGAGCCAGGCUGCUUCUUUAAGGCUACAUUUCACAGAAACUGCUCAAGAAUUAUCGGAACCGCAGUUAAAAAGCAAUAAUGGCAUUACAGAAAUCAAGAAAACUAGAGGUGGUGCGGAGGAUGUUAUGAUGCAAGAGCAAUCUGGAGGAGAAGAUUUAUUUGAUGACGAAAACAAUGAUGGAGAUGAUGAGCCACAAAUUGCACUAACCUCCAACUUAAAAGAUGCCAUUGGUGACCAGUCUGCUGAAAUGCAUCAUGGGAAGGCUGACUGUGAUGUGGUUGCUGCUUCCCAAGAUUGGUGUCUUCAUUAUUUAACACAAACUCAAAGUGACACACAAGGUGAAAGGUUACAACAUCAUGAAGCUGUCGAAGACAGUAGCAAGAAGCAAGGUGCUGGAAGUGAAAUUAGCCAAUCUGUUUUCCAGAAACCCCAGAAAGUUACUACAGAAUCAGUGAUUACUACUACCAGCUAUUUGAGUCCAGUUGAAGUCUGUUCCAGUAAUUCUUUUGUGAAAAACUCAAAUAAUCAUUCAGAAAAAGAAAAUUCAGGUACAGGAUUCCAUUUCAGUCUUCCGAAAGAAAACAGUCUAAAACCAGUUUCUGAAGUCAUUCCUGGUGUUGGAGAAAUUAUUAAAAAGGGUUUACAAAGUCCCCAACACCACAGCACUCCUAUUCUGGAAAAAGAAGAAAGCAUAAAGCAUGUUGCAAACUCUGAUCAUCCCACAACAGAAAUUCAGGUGGAAGCAGCAAAUGAACCGCCUGCAGCUUCUGCACUUGUUCUUGGAAAAGAAACUGACGCCAACACAGACAACACUCCUGUUUUUCACGUAGCAAGACCAUCAGACGCUGGUGAACUCAUCAAAAUUGCGAAAGAAAGCCCAAAGAAGACAAAUUCAGUAUUUAGUAAAGUGCAACAGGCCAGAGAAGCUGAUGAUUGUCUUUAUGACAUUCAAGAACAAUCCAGUAACUCUUGCCACCAUACAAAUCAGAGAGCAGUCACUUUUAAUGACAGCAAUUCUUCAGUUAUGAGUGUUGUCAGUGAUAAGAUUGAGACACUUAGUUACAGUGGAGAUACUGAAAUACUUGAAGAUGAAGAAGAGAACAUGGAGAAAGAGCUGGUAUCUUUGGCAGGUAAAAAUAACAACAAAUCCUCAGGGAUUCAGGAUGGUGUCAAAAGCCAACACAAAGUCAUUCAUAUGCAAAAGUCUGUUGGGAGAGGUGUUCAGCAAAGCAAAUCUGCAUCUUCUGCUCGACGCCAUUCACCAAGAAAGCAAGGAGAUCUUCAGAAAGAUAAAAGAGAUCCCUUUGAUUUUAGCGAUUCCCAAUGUUAUGGAACACCAACUCAAGGCAGAAGGCAACAACAUGCAUCAGGAGAGUCUGUCAGUAUAAAAAGAAAACGGUUGCUUGGCUUGCAAGCUGGAAGUACAGAAACAAGAACAAGUGCUAAGAAAGGUCUAGAAAGUUCAUCCAAAAAAGCCGAGAAAAUAUGCAUAACGCCAAGAAGCACAGGGAAAAAGAAUCCGAAAAGAAAAACCCCAGUGAAGACAAGCAAAGUUAAAAGAAAAAGUAAAGAACAGGAUAAUAUAAGACAAGACCAAAUAAUAGAAGCAGUAGCUGCAACUUCAAGCAAGAGAAGUGGUCUUGCAAAGAAUCUGGUGGAAACACAAAGCACAGUGGAAGGAGAGCAAAAUAACCCUGGUACUAGUAGAACACAGGCGGAGCAUUCAAAUGCAACGAAAGUCACCUGGCGGACAAAAAUAACAACUAUAACUACCACGAUUGUUCAUCGCUGCAUACAAGAAGAAGCUGUGAGGGAUGGUGUUGUUAUAGAAGUUAAGAAAAGAACCGAAGUUGAUGUUCCAACUGUAAAGGUUACUGAACAACCAGAACCGCCUCCUGUAUCUCCAAGUCGAACAACAUCUUCUUUUUCAUCUGGUGAUCUUGGAGAUGUGAGUUCUCUUUCAACAUCAAAGUCCUCUUCUGGUUCCGGAAGUAGCUUUUCCCGUAGUAUCAGCACCAGCAGUUUACCGAAGUCUUCCUCCAAUGUUGGCAGUGUUGCAACAGGUGACAAUGUUCGAGCAAGUAUUUCCAUUCCCAAGCUUCAUGCAGCAGUUUCAAUUGCAAGACUCAGAGAAUUGCCUGGUAAAAGUACAAAAAAGGUCGCCUUUACUGAGCCUUCAACCCCCACUUGUGUAACCAGAACAAGAAGGCUCAGUAGGCACAUUUCACAAGAUUUUGGAAGCACAAAAAACUCCCCUUCAAAUUCAAAGAAGUUAGAAUCCAGUAAGGGUAGGCCUAAGAGAAGCGAAAUAGUCCAAGCAGAUACUGAUGCUCUUAGUUCACCUAAGAUGUUGGAAAACAUCAUGACAAGAAAGAAAAAGAAUACUUCUGACGAAUCCAUAUCGGAUGACAAUAAAUCUGCAACUGAAUCUGGUGAUGCUAGACCAGAUGAUCCUUUAGGUCUUCCAAAAAAUGGGAGUGGCAGUGGAGAAAAACAUCCAGAUGUUUCAAUUAAUACAGUAACGAAAAGCAAAGGAAAUUCACCCUCAGUAGCACCAACAAGAAGAUGUUCACCAAGAAAGGCAACAACAGUUCAGUCUACAGAGGAGAGUAGUGGUGACCUAACAGAUCCACCGGAUCCAGAAAUUGGACCUUAUCUUUUACCAGGAGUGAGAGUCUUAGCCAGGUGGCGGGAUGGGUACUACUAUCCAGGUGCUAUUGAUAAAGAGGAGAGCCCUAACAGGUAUUCAUUCUGUUUUGAUGACGGUGACAAGCGUGUUAUAGGUGUUCAAGACAUCUUACAUAAAGCCUGGCUUUCAAAAGGGCAGAUGGUCCUAGCAGAGACCAGCAGUGAGCUCUAUAGCCCAGGCACUGUGAUUGGAUAUUUUCGAGACGAUGAUUGCUGUGGCUAUAUCAUUGAAAGUGAGAGCACUGGAGAAUCUCAGAGAUACCCUCGAAGUAAAGUGAUCUUAACUAAAGAACAAGCUGCACCCCUACUUCAGUUUUCAGCAAGUACAGACUUACAUACAGGACUCAAUUUAGAUAAUAUUGUGUGUGGUAAGAGGUUACGUGGAAGAAUAACCACUGCAAAUGAAAGUCCCAGCAGUGGAGGAGAGAAAGCACAAACAACUAAAAAGGUGAAAGGCUCUUCUGCUACAACUCCAUCUAAAAAGAGGUCCAGGCCACAGUUGGAAGAGAUUGUUAAGUGUUCAGGAAACGUGUAUUUGAUCGCCAACACAUAUUGUCGCACCAAAAAAUAUUUCCAAGCAUUGGCAGCCGGGUUACCAUGUAUUUCACAUAUAUGGCUCCGAGAUAGUUGUAAAGAUAACAAACUCCAAGAUUAUAAAUCAUAUGUACUUGCUGCUGGCGAGAGUAUAGAGGAAGAGAAAUUAAUGGAAUGCCCGAAAGAACAGACAGUUUUACAGAGGAUGCAUAUAAUGGUAGUGUCUGAACAAGAGGAGACAAAGAAUACUUGGAUCUCCAUACUCCAUGCUGCUAGAUGUGAAGUAGUCUCAAAUUUGCCUUCAAAUAAGAACCCAGCUGACUCUGAUGUUGCUUUCACGUGUGAUGUUAUAGUAACUGAUCCAACUUGUCCAAAGUCCAUCCGUGAUAAAGCAGAAGAUUUAGGAAUUCCAGUAGUGUCAACAGAAUGGGUUAUCCAGUGCCUUAUCAACGGCUACCGGCCGGACUAUGAUGGUCACGAAAGCUACAUUUGGAACUACAGGCAAAAACGUUUUAAGCCACAACAGAAAAAAUGAAACAGAAACAGAAAUGUAUAAUAAUUUUAUUUCAUGCCAUUUAAUAUUCUGUUUUUGACUUCUACUGUACAUUAUUUCCUUUCUAAUUGUAUGGUUUGGUCAGAUGGAGCUCUCUGAUAUUUAUACAGUUCACCCUCCAAUUCGAGAAAAUUUGAGGUUGUGUCAGGGUUUGGUCCCCAAUUAGAAGGUUAGUUCGUUUUACAAGAUUGAAGAUUGUUAAUUGGUUCUUAAAAAAGUGGUCUCAAAAUUAGAGGGGUUAUGGAAUUGAGGGGUCUCGAAUAUGGAGGGCCCACUGUAUAACACCAUACUUGUGGCCUUCAUUAAUUACAUCUUUUGGCCAAUUUAAUUUCUAGUGAUUGCAAAUGGCAAUUUACUCUACUUGCUAUUGACAUAUUGUUAAUGGCAGGCAUGAUAUUCUUCAGAUUUAAAUCUGAUUUCAGAUUUUUUUAAUUUAGAUUUAAAUCUGAUCUUAGAUUUUAUUAUUUUUUUCCAUAAAUUGUAUACUAUAAAACUCAUAAUUGUAAAGACUCAGGCUUUUAUGAGCUUACUGUAUAUGAUAUAGUUAUAAUAUUAAUGAUCACAAUGCAUAAAAACACACAGUGACUCGACUCACCUUGGACUUUCUCUUGUGUACUGUCUCAAUGACCCAGGCCGAAUUUUAGAUUUUUUUUAAUGCAAAGAAUAUCAUGCUUGUAAUGUUAUUAUAGGAGCCACAUGCCAUUUAAUAUCAGUUGAGUUGAGGAUUACCAUCAUAACUUGUUAAGAAAUUGUGUAAGAGUUAUCAUAGUAGAUAGUUGGUUUACUUCAAAGUAUAACCAAAACAAAAACAAAAGAUGCAAUUUCGUCUAGAUUGUAGGAUGCAGUUUUGCCCGAAUGUAUGUUGUUGCAGAGAAGGAAAAUGCAGAACAGUGACGGCAGAGUGCAUCAUCAUGCAAAUCGAAGGCUCUCUAAUAUCAGUGGAGUUUCUCUGGUGGCUUUCCACUCAAGGGAUAUUCUGGGUUCUUUAUUAAGGGCACACAAACCAGUUGUGUUCCCUGCGCAUGAGGUUUAGAGUCCUCAUAUGAGAAGAAUUUGUUCCAGCAAAAAAGGAACACCAAACAAACCACGAAUGAGAACUUAUCUAAAGUUUUAUGUUUUUUGAAAGAUUUUAAAUUUAUGUAAAAUUUUAUGUCUUACUGGAUGGAUCUAGAGAAAAAUCUUUGUAGGGGCCAUGUAGCGUUAGAAACAUCAUAUGGGAUGUGGGUGGGGUUGGGGGGUGUGGCAAUGUUUCAGAUUUCUUCUUAGAAAUGCUUGAACCAGGGAGUUGUUAUUCUUUUUCUGGGUGGGGGCUAUCCCCCAUUUGCAACUGUCGAUCUUCCCAUGAGUUUGAAGCUAGUUAAAUGGAGGCUGUGUACUUUCAACAGCAUUAUUUGAUUAUGAAUAGUGUUGGAUUAAGUUUAAUAAUAAAUUCUGAAUAAUUAGGUAUUGUUAAGUUGUAAUUACUUCAAAUUAAUUAAUUAUUAAUCAUUACAAUUUUAUCCAGUAGCUUUCAUAAUUGUAAUUCAAAUUUAAUCUAAUGUGAAUUAAUGUUUUGCCUCAUUUCAGUAUUUACUCCUUAAAUUACAAUGUUAUCUAAUAAAGCAUAAUUUUAAAUAUAUAUUAUAAAGUCAUUCCGUCCAAUUUUGCGUUUUUUUUUGUUUUUUUUGUUUUUUUUUAGAUAUUUAUAUAUAAAGUUUAGGAUAUUUAGUUGCUUCAGUAAUUUAGUUUAAUCGUAAUACGUCAUAUGCUGGAACCAGUUGGCUAAGGUACAGUAAAUCUUGGUCGUUGCUGCGCUCCUAAUCUCUGUAUUAACACCUAAAGGACUAUUAUUCCACUUUUGAUAUAUGAUUAAAACCAUCAAUUUUUAAUCACCCAAAGAUUGUAUUAAAAACUAGAAACACAAUA